CUAUGAGACAAAAUUCAAACUUUCUUCUUCUCUGACUACGAACACAGCAGGUUUAAGAGUUAGUCGCCGCAGAUAUGGGUCAAGGCCAAGAACUGGAGACCAGAGCCGAACCAGAAGUCGACAUUCUGGAAAGAGGGGAAAUAUUCUUCUUUUACAGGCCAAAGGUGGAAAAAGAAGAAGCUCACGGCCCCGACGAUGUACAACGGUUGUACAUAGUUCUUCCGCCGGAAUCCGGCAACAGGGCGGUGGAGGAGAAGCAGUCUCCUGAUUCUGGUAAGGAAGGAUCCAAGAAAAAAGCUGGUGAGGGCGCCAGUGGUUCUAGUCAGAAGAGCAACGAAGGCAGCCAUGGCAGCCAGAAAGUGAACAUAGAGAAGGAACCCUUGCUGAGGUUGAUAGUGAUGGGUAGAAAAAGCCUUCCGGAUCCGGCCAAGAAGGGCAGACCUUACUGGGGAUUUGUGGAGAUGGUGACAACGAGGAUUGAAGAUGUGAAGAACGCUCUUAAAGGAGAGGAAUAUGACACUAAAACAAGAGGUCACCGGCAUAAACCUCCUGCAAGAGCAUUGGGUGAAGGAAUAUAUAGAAUUAUAAGGCACAAUUCAGGGAAGAAGGUGCAUACCCAUUUGAUCUACAAGCUUGAAUUCCCACCUGAAGGUUCUGAAAAUGAACCCCAAGAGUCCCUUAAUGUAGAACGUGAAGGCUCUUUCAUCAUUCAGAUAAAGAACCGCAAGGCUGUCUUCCCAGCACAUCUUCAAGGUCAGUUUGGGCACUUAAGGUACUGUCCGGCCGACCCGCCGGACUUUCUGAAUUAUGAAGCCUGUGAAUUCUUACUCAUAUCAGCUUCUGAUGACAUUGAAGAUGAGUUGGGGUUAGAACUCAUGCCAGAAGGGGAACCAGAACCAGCUUGUUCAGAUUUGCUCAACACAUUUGGAGACAGUACUACUGAAGUAUCUGUUAGUCCCCUUCUAAGGGGUACCUGGGUUUGAGCCAAAUCUUCUCACUUUGAGUUUUAACAACUUAGUCUAAUUUUAUGGUUUUGAACAAGUGGAUACUGUGGUAUACUCUCCUUGCUAGUUUGUAGGUUUUCUUGUGGUGUCAUGUAUAUAUAUAUAACUGGGCCUUGCUCUCUUUGUGGUGUUUGUGACUUCAGUGUACGGUUAGCUCUUGCCUCUUGGUCUUACUUAGUUGAUUGAUGAGAAUUUAUUCCACGUAAUUAACCCCUUUUUAGAU